CGACCGGCAGGAGGAGCAGCCGGAGUGAACGUUGGAGGCGUUAAUCUGGUCUAAAUGUUGGUUAUUAACCACACCUCAGGUCUGAGAGUUUCCAUGCGUCCAGUCGAGGUGGGGGGGCUUUUUAAAUUUAGUUUACAAUCCUGCCUCCUAUUUUUAGACGUCCAGGCAUCACAGCCGAGUGGAGACAUGUAGUCGACCAGUCACAGGAGACACGGAGAGAGAGAGUUCAGUCCAGCGCUCAGCUUUCAGUCCCUUCAAACUCUGAACGACACCAGGAGUCGGUCUUCAGUCUUUGGUCCAGUGGACUGUGUGGGAGACAGAGCCAGGGGUCAGAGGGCAGUUCAAAGGUCAGGGCACAAGGAUAGGCAGAAAAACAGCCAGCAGAUGGUGCGGGAGCAGUAUGUCAGCACCACCCAGGGCAGCAGUUCGCCCAGGACGGUGCCAGAGCAGGUCUACAAGAUCGGCAUCUAUGGCUGGAGGAAGCGCUGCCUCUACCUCUUCGUCCUGCUGCUCAUCAUCAUCCUGGUGGUCAACUUUGCUCUGACCAUCUGGAUCCUGCGGGUGAUGUGGUUCAACACGGAAGGGAUGGGUUACCUCCAGGUCCACUCAGACGGAGUGAAGCUGGAGGACGGCGAGUCCGAGUUCCUGCUUCCUGUCUACGCUCAGGAGAUUCACUCCAGAGAGGACUCAUCACUCCUGGCACAGUCAUCUGAAAACGUUUCCCUCAACGCCCGUAAUGAGAACGGUGAUGUGACGGGCAGGAUCUCAGUGGGUCCAAAGGAGGCGAAGGGUCACACAGGGAGUCUGCUCAUUAACUCCAACACCGGCAGCAUGCUGUUCAGUGCAGAUGGCAACCAGACCGUGAUUGGACCAGACAAACUGCGGGUCACAGGUCCAGAGGGGGCGCUGUUUCAACAUUCAGUGGAGGUGCCGGUGCUCAGGUCGGAGCUUUUCAAAGACCUAAAGUUGGAGUCUCCCACUCGCUCUCUCAGCAUGGACGCUCCAAAAGGAGUUCACAUCAAAGCCCCCAACGGCAACAUUGAAGCUGCGUCCAACAUGGACGUUGUCCUGCAUUCUACUGUUGGACUGAUGGUGCUCGAUGCUGAGACGGUGCGGAUGCCGAGCCUCCCCGUGAGCCAAGGCGGCUUUUCUGGAAACCCCCAGGACCUCUUUGAAGUGUGCGUGUGUCCCAGCGGGAAACUGUUCCUGUCCAAAGCCGAGGUCAUCUCCACGUGCAGUGAGAACCAGGAGUGCUAGAUAGACUCUGGUAAGGUAACUGGUUUUCUUUCUCCUAGUUGACGUCUGCCGGGAGCCAAUAAGCACAGCUGUUGUCACCCAGCUUUUUAAAAAAUGUUUUAAUGUUUUAUACCAGAGCGUCUGUGCUGGUAGUUUAGUAAAAGUGACAAAUGUAACGACUGCCUGCUGGGAAACUCUGUCUUUUAGUUGCGUUUGUGAUUCUUUAACUUUCCCGUUGAAACUAAUUGGCAAUCAAAAGAAAAACGAUGAUUGCGGACAACUUUUAUUAUUAUUAUUAUUUUACACUCAAUGUCAUGGCUGGGCAACGAGGAGCUGGUAACAGCUUACAUUCUAUGCAAUAUUAUCUUGUGGUGCAAUAAAUUUAGACGAACAGUGGUGAGUGAUGAGUCCAGGGCCGCUCCUGUUGGUUAGUUAGUUCUAAGGAACAGUUCUUGUUCCUGCGGUGGUCUUCAGAUGUCGGUUAGUUUUUAAACUCACAGUGAUUAUAAAAUGAUUCGAUUUUAUUGAGGUUAACGCUUCAGUCACAGGAGCCAUUUACAAAGUUAGCUUUCAUUUGUGGAUAUGAUUUAUUUUUUAGGUUCUUUGUCGUUUGACUGAGAUCAUGCUCGUAGAUUAAGAUACAAAAAUGUUUUAAUUUAAAAAUUAAAAAGAACAAAGACCUUUUUUAUUAGAUUUUCAGUGCAAGUUAAAGUGUAUCAGACACUGAAGAGUUGAUUCAUAAAAUCAGGGUCGACCCCGGACUUAUCCUCACCACUUAUCAAGGGCUUGGAAUUACAAAAUGAUUGUCCCAAAUUGUGGCAAACAAAAAAAAAACGUUUUAUGUGUGGCCUUGAAUCUGUGCCCUUGGUAUUUUUUUAAUGUGUUUUUGUGUUAAGCAUGGGUUUUUUUGUUUUUAUCAAAUUGGAAAUAGGUGUUGGUAAAAAUAUUCUCAGAUAAGACAUUGAUGAAGUAAUUUUAAUUCAAAAGCAAAUAUAUCAAAGUGGUUUUUUGUUUUUGGUUAAGAAGUUAUUAUAAUGGGGAUGAAGCAUUUUCUCUGUUUUUUGUGAUGUUUCCGUGUGUGCAGUUAUAUGUUAGGACUUAGUGUGUAAUUAUUCUCUACGUAUGAAAAAGGUUGUUUUUUUUUUCUUUAAAAGCUGGGCUCUGCUUAAAAACGUCGUACAAGGCAAAAACAAAGGUGAGAUGAAGGCACUUAAAAUUGUAUCAGUGUUUUAAGGUUAGCUGCUCAACACAAUAGCAUUAACAUUAGCUUAGGUUUCUGCUAACGUCAACGUUUCAUAUCAUUUUAUUAGUUUGCUGUAUUCCUGGCAUUUUUUUUUAAAAGUGUGUAAUAUAUAUUUAUUGAUUUUAUGUAUGUUUAUUAAACUGAUAUUCUUCUAAA